CUCUUAAACCUUUCAAUAACAUUUUAAUUUUUUUUAUAACUGUAUUUUUGAUAUGUUAUUCUCUUUUGUUCUUUGUGUAAUUUAUCUUUCCUUUUUCAACCUCAUACUUUUUUUAAUAAUUAUUACAAUUAAUUAUUUUCCUUAUGAACACCACCUUUUCAUAAAUCUCAUAAUACCAUAUCUUCUAGAAUUCUUAAACAUGAGCCUUGGAUUUUUCUUAAGUUUUGAUUGCCCUUUAUUCAGGGUAUACAUCAUUAUUUGGAAAAGCCUUUUACAAAAUAUUUCAGAGUUUAUUCAAAUUUCAACUUGCUCUCUUCUUAAGCAAUCUUUCUAAGAAGAAAGCCUUUAUUGUACUUACAAUUUUUUAAUGCUCAAUUCGCUCUUCUACCUGGUUUAUUGUCUGGCGCUUUCUGGUCUUUGAUUUGGCUUUGUUCUCUUCAUCUAUCCUACGCUUUUUCUAAUACAAACUAAUGAUAAUACCUUCAAUAUCUUUCUCUUGGAAAGAAGUCAAAGAUAGGUUCAGCUGAGUUUACGCUCCAAAAUGGACACUU